AAAACGACAAAAACAACUAAACAAGGCCGAGACGGUAAUUACACGAACUUUCGAGGGGCAGUUCCGGGAUGACGGAAGCAAUAAAUACCAAAAUUAAAUUCCUCCACGGAUUUCUCUCACUUCUACUUAGCCUUCUCUCUCCCUCCCACCAUUUCCCUCUCUUUCUUUCCCAUUCUCAUCCCACUAAAUUAACUGUGUCGUGUCUUGCGGGAUUCACAGUUUCAAAGAGAGAGAGAGAGAGAGAGAGAGAGAAAGCCAAAAGGUACUUCUUCUUCUCCCACCUCCUUCUCUUUCUCUCUGCCAUUUCUCUUCCGUCAUUCUGGAUCCCUCCCUGAAUCUAGGGCACUUCUCCAACUGGUAAGAAAAUCCCCCUUUCCUCAUGACAGUCUCUCAUAACUGACCCUAGCUUCGGCUUUCAGUUCCCAUACCCUCGCUAUUGGCCGUCUGAUGGGUUUGCUUGCCUCUUUCUCGAAUUCGCAAUGUGGGUUUUACUGUGUAGCUCGAUUUUGGGCGAUUGGGUUUGAUUGGUUUGCUGAUUGAGAAAUGUAGAUUGUUUGGAGUAGCAGCUUUCUACGGAGUUGAUUUUUAAGGGAACGUUCUCCUGUUUGGAGUUUGGGCCUUUGGGGGGUGUUCUCGGAUUCUUGUUUUCUGCAAUUUUAACUUCUGGGUUGGGAUUUGUUUUUGGAAUGUAGCUAAGGUGUUUGAGUUUUUAUGUUCGUUAGAGAGAUGGUGGCAGGUUUUAAAGUUGAAUGCUAACUUGUUUUUAGUUGCCCAGAGAGAACAAGAGAUGGCCUUUUUUUGGGUGCUUUACAAAUACUCAGUGAUCGUUCUCAUGGUUGGUGGUUCUUUUAUUAGGAUUUGUUUUAACAGUGUAUUAUAUGUAUUUUUUUGGUAAGACUUGGAUGCUAAAAUUGUGGUUAGAUCCAAUGUAUUUGCGUUGCGGUUUCUUUGUUAAAUUUCUGACAAGGAUCCAGUUUUUGUUUCCCCUCUUGAGAUUGCUUCCCUCUACAAGAUCAGUAACUGUUGUUGACUUUUUUGAUUCGUGACCAAAUAACUGUGAUUGCCUGUAUUUAGGUUCAUUGUCUGGCAUUGUUAGGAAGGUAUUCCUAGAUCCAUUACUUUGUCAUCUUGAUGGUAGCUCUGGCUUUUUAUUGAGGAACCUUUGGAUCAAUAAUACUUAAGUUUGGUUUCUGUUUUAACUCGCAUUCUAGAUUAUAUGCUCUUUUUUUUUUUGCUGUUUGGGUUCUUCUCACACUACUGCUGUAACUAGAUUCCGUUGCUCACCAGGAUCUAUCUUCUUGGUUUGCCUGUAGAUAUUUUCUUCGCAAGAUGGACAACAUCAACAGCUUCUGGCAGUUGGGUGACGAGCUUCGAGGGCAAUCAAAAGUCUCCGAGGAUCAUAAGUGGUUUGUGGCUGCAUCUAAACUGGCCGAACAAACGAGGCUAAAGGGCGAGCGCAUGAACAACUUGGACAUAUCUAAAGGCAUGGCUGAAAUGAGGCCACCAAGGGAAAAGAUGGGGUUCCAGGAAGAGAAUAAGUUUGAGAACCUCAACUUUAGCAUGUUGAAUUUGGAGUCUUCCAAGGCGAUGAUGGAAAAUGUGAGCAAGAAUCCUUUGAGGAGCGGCGUUUACAACAUGAAUGCGGUGUAUCAGAAGAACAAUAUGAACACCAUUGGGAAUCUGAAUAUGAAUCUUCCUGGUAGCAAGUAUAGCGUCAACAUGGUCAGUGAGAAGGAGCUUAAUCACAACAGCAAUAUUGACAACAGUGGUGGAAAUGGUGUGGUGGAUAAACGAUUCAAGACACUGCCUGCAACUGAAACGCUCCCAAGGAAUGAGGUGCUUGGAGGAUACAUAUUCGUUUGUAACAAUGACACAAUGCAGGAAGACUUGAAGCGCCAGCUAUUUGGUCUGCCUCCAAGGUAUAGGGACUCUGUUCGGGCAAUAACACCUGGCUUGCCUCUCUUUCUCUACAACUACACGACCCACCAGUUGCAUGGUAUCUUUGAGGCAACAACCUUCGGAGGUUCAAACAUUGAUCCAACUGCUUGGGAAGAUAAAAAGUGUAAAGGAGAGUCGAGGUUUCCUGCUCAGGUGAGGAUCCGUGUUAGGAAGGUCUGCAAACCAUUGGAAGAAGAUUCAUUUAGGCCAGUAUUGCACCACUACGACGGUCCGAAGUUUCGCCUUGAACUCUCUGUCCCUGAGACCCUGGACCUGUUAGACCUCUGCCAGCAAGCCGGGUCAGCAGCAUAAGCAAAACUACUUCACGCUAGCACUCAAGUGUUGGUGGCAGUGAGGAGGGUAUGCCAGCUUCCUACUUUCUGCAGAUUUCCCGUUAGAGUGCAAGCUUUUGGACGACGAAUCGUGUGGAGAAAAAGUAGAGGGAAAUGAGUGUUUGCAUUCGUGCAGGGUCUGGAGCUGAAGAAUAAUAAUGUUUGUUGUGGUUUGUGUGUGUGUGCUAAUGGCGGAAGGUGCUUUUGGGUUCCAGCGCCGGUAGUGUGGUCUCUGCUAUAAUAGUAGGUGUAGUAUCUAUCUAUAUAUAUUCUCUAUAAAUAGAGGAUUUGCAAGAUGUAAAACGAAUGAGUCAUAAAAUUAUGUAAUGGUGACUGAAUCUCCUCGCAAGUGGGGGAAGUCCCUUCCUUUUUCUAUGCAUGUUUGGUUUCUGAAUCCAAACUUAUAAGAAAGAGCUAUAAAAGAUGGUGUUUCAGUGUAUGGUAGUGUCCAUGUGCUUGAUUCUUUUUGGAAUUUUAAAUUGCACUUCUUAAAUACCACUUGUGAGUUGUGAUUGAGAAGGUAAUGCCUAGGCUGUGUCCCAAAUCACUUGAAUUCAUUAGUUCCUGUACAGGUAAUCAGAUCUCCCAAUAUAGAAGAAAUCUAUCAAUUGUCU